UAUAACUAUCAACGCGAUGGAUUCAUCGCGCACUCCGUGGCCGACUAAACGAGAUGACUACGAAAUAUUGCAAGUAAUAGGUUGCGGAGCGACGUCGGUCGUACAAGAAGCGCUUUGCAAGACAAUAAAUGAGAAAUGUGCCAUCAAGAGGAUUGAUCUCGAAAAGUGUGCGGCUCAAUUCGACGAAAUUUUGAAGGAACUACAGUUGAUGAGUCAGAACAAGCAUGAAAACGUGGCGUCGUUUCACACUGCGUUUGUUGUCAAGGAUGAGCUGUGGCUCGUCAUGCAACUCAUGGAUGGAGGGUCGCUUCUUGAUAUUUUGAAGAAUUUGGCGAGUAAAGGGUUGACGAAGAAUGGCUGUUUGGAUGAAAUCAUUAUUGCUACUGUGUUGAAGGAGACAUUGACGGGACUCAAUUAUAUCCAUCAGAAUCAUCUAUUGCAUAGAGAUGUGAAGGCAGGAAAUAUCUUGCUAUCUUCUAACGGAUCCAUAAAAGUUGCAGACUUUGGUGUGAGUUCGUGGUUGUACGAGGGUGGUGACACGAGUCGAAAACAGAGAAAGACAUUUGUAGGCACACCAUGCUGGAUGGCACCUGAAGUGAUGGAACAAGUGUCCGGAUAUGACAGCAAGGCAGACAUCUGGAGUGUCGGAAUUCUUGCUCUAGAGCUGGCAACAGGACAUGCUCCCUAUGCCAAGUUCCCUCCUAUGAAGGCAUUAAUGUUGACACUUCAGAAUGACCCACCGACGUUGGAGUUGUGUGGUGACUUGAAUCAUGACGACUACAAAAAGUAUUCAAAGAUGUUCAGGAAGUUUGUUGACUCAUGCUUACAGAAAGAUGCAGAUGCAAGAUUGACGGCUGCUGAAUUGCUCAAAACCGAAUUUAUCAAGAAGAAAGCCAAGGGAAAAGAGUUUCUAAUGCAGCAUCUCGUCCCCAUGGUAGCAAACAUUAAAGAUCGCUCACAGAAGGUUCGUAGAGUGGCAGGAACGAGUGGUAGACUGCAUCGGACUGAGGAUGGCGCCUGGGAGUGGUCAGAUGAUGAGUUCUCUGGGCCAGUUGACGAGGAAGAAGGAGAGAAGAUCAAAGUCGAGGUGGUUUGGGAAUGCCUUGCCUUUCUGCUUGUUCAAAGAUACUUCAAGCUUCCAAGUCUUCCUCUUUUAUUACAUCCAAAGACAACUGUGUGA